AUGGGACAGGAUUACCUCCAGUAUACUUCUUCACAGGGGAUGAGGAAGAGGCUUCAGUGCCUCAAGAUCAGAGGUGGCUGCGAUGGAGGUGUUGUAGAAGAAGGAAUACGAUUCACCACCAAAGCACAACUGACUGCAAUGGAAAUUAUGGAUACUCUGUGUGCUCUUGAGGCUGUAGAGAGACUCCAGGCCAAACUAAAUGGCAGAGGGGAGGCAUCCAUGCAGGACAAGCUCUUUGUGCUCAGGACAGUUCUGCAGAGCCCCCUGUUCCACCAUAUCCUGGACCUCCAGAAGGCUCAAAGGAAACCACAGCCGAAGGGGAAGGGCAUUUCCAAGUCUGUGUCAAUGAACUGUGGAGCGUGCCCUGGCAGCGCUGUGGGUCUAAAGACUUUGAGCCACAGUGAUUCGUACACCUGGGCCAUAGAGAACCGCAGGCCGAGUCACCCCGAGACCAUGCAUGGAGAAGGCAGUGGCUCCUCUGUGGGCUUCCAAGAGCUUUCUAUCUCCGAUAUCUACCCGGAUGCUCAUGCACAUACGGAGUCGCAGUACUGUACUCCACCAAGACUCUCUCGGACUAUGUCAAUGGGAAGAAAUCUGUCUGCUAUUGCACAUGAGAGACGACAUUUGGAAAUUGUGGAGCUCAUAAAUGACGGGAAAGGCCUUGGCUUUGGCAUUGUUGGAGGGAGAAGCACAGGAGUCAUGGUCAAGACUAUUCUUCCUGGUGGAGCUGCUGGCCAGGAUAACCGACUUCAUAGUGGAGACCAAAUUCUUCGUAUUGGAGAUACAGACCUGGCUGGCAUGAGCAGUGAACAAGUAGCGCAGGUGCUCAGAAACGCAGGAACCAAAGUCAAGCUGCUCAUUGCCAGAGACACAACAAUAGACAUGCAUCGGUUGUCUCCUGAUCUAAGUCAUGACAGUGCUGACAACGAGCCACAUGACCCUGGCUGUGACUAUGAAUUCAGUGUGCAGUAUACUAAAAACAAACAUGGUUUAGGGUUUACUAUCUCAAGCUACACUGGUGAUCUAAACUCAGUUUAUAGUGCUGGAGUGGUGGUAAAGAGCAUCCUGAAAGGCAGCAGCGUGGAUCAAGAUGGCCGCAUCCACAUUGGUGACAUCAUUCUAUCAGUGGAUGGUAUGAGCUUGCACGGCUGCAGUGAGCAGAGAGCCAUGGAGGUGCUGCGGAGGACAGGGCUGGUGGUUUGUCUGAGGCUGCUGAGAAAAGCAGUCCUCCCCCCUGUUCCCCCACUUCACCCACUCAGACACUCCCGCAGCUUCCAAGAGGGCAACCCCUACAAAGUCAGCCUCAACAGGAUCACAGAAACAGGAGUCAGCUCUCUUCGUGAGAUCUCAUGGCGAGUAGCCUUUGCCAACAGGAAACGCCCAUUUGAAUCCAGAAGUGGAGGAAAAUUGACAUCAUCUGAAGAGGAGAAAGUGAAGAAUAGAUGGCAGCAGGCUCUUGGACUGCGAUAUGAAGUCAUAGUGUGUCAGCUGGAGCGCUUCAGUGAAACCAGCGGCCUGGGCAUCAGUCUUGAGGCCCGAGCCGGACAUCACUACCUGUGCUCCGUGUUGCAUGAGGGGCCUGUGGGACAAUGUGGCAAGAUUUCCACUGGAGACCAAAUAUUAGAGGUGAAUGGAAUCCCUCUGAUUGGUGCGAGCCAUAAGGAGGUGGUCCGUAUUUUGAAGGAGCUGCCCGUGCAUGUGUGCCUGGUGUGCUCGCGGGUGAAGCCCCCCACAGCUGCUGACAGCGACCAGGAAGAUGAAGACGACAUCCAGCUCACCCUCAAAGAGCUUCUGGCUGAGUUUAAUGACAAGUUGGACCACGGAUGUGUGAUCCCCUGUCCUACAGCCGAGGACAUCACGAAGCGUGGAGUGCCCCCCAUGUCACCCCCCCUGGCCAUGUGGGAGCGGGAGGCGGUGCUGGUGGAGUUGGAGAAAGGCGAGUCGGGCCUGGGCUUCAGUAUCCUGGACUACCAGGACCCAGAGGAUGCCUCGAAGACAGUGCUGGUGAUCCGGUCUCUGGUACCUGGAGGUGUAGCAGACAAAGAUGGCCGCCUGCUUCCUGGAGACAGACUCAUGUUUGUGAAUGAGACCGACCUGGAGGGCUCCAGUCUGGAUUACGCUGUUCAUGUCCUUAAAUCCACCAACUAUGGUCCUGUUCACAUUGGAGUAGCAAAACCUCUUCCACUGGAGUUGUGCGGCAGCUUGACCCCCAUUGCGGAGCGGAGCGCGCGAGCCUCCUGCGAUGACAGCGACGCGCACGCUCACCUCAGCCUGCUAGUCGAGGCGGACUCCACCAUCACGACCACAGCCCCUGGAGUGGACCGCACUGGCACACGAACACGCCACUCCUCAGCGGGUUUAAAAGAAAACCAGUUGCGGCAGCGCUUCCACAACAUGGAGGACCACAGUGACGCGCCUCCCCAGCCCCCUCGCACCAACUUUGAGAGGACCAUCACUGUUGUCCGGGGCAACUCGAGCCUUGGCAUGUCGGUGAGCGCCAUCAAGGACGGCUCAGGCAUGCUGGUGCGCAGUCUUGUCCAGGGGGGUUCUGUAAGCCAUGAUGGCAGGCUGGGGAUAGGAGACGCCAUCUUUGCCAUCAAUGGAGAAUCUACCACUAAUCUGACCAAUGCCCAGGCAAGAGCCAUGCUCCGCAGACACUCUGUCCUCGAGCCAGAGAUCAGGAUUACAUAUGUGACAGCAAACCAGCUGGACGAUCACCGCAGUCGGCUUGGUCUGCCCGCUCUGGCCUCCAUCACAGUAGACAGUGCCUCACCUUCACCCACACCUCCCACUCCGUCUCCAGAGCCUCCACUAGCAUACUGCAGAUCCCCAGAGCCCAUCACGUCUGCUGUUAUAACCUCAUCUUCAGCUCCAACCAUUCACAAACCAUCUUCAUCAGUCCAUCUUAAACCUCCGGCGACCGCAAAUUCCGUCAUACCGUCUUCAUCAGGACACCUUAAAUCACAGAUUGAUGCUGAGCCACUCAACUCAUCUUCAUCAGUCCACCUUAAACCUCCAGAGAAUGUGGAGCAGGCAUUUCCAUCAGUUCCCCUUAAAACUUCAACCACGACUGAACCUGCCAAAACAUCUGCUCCAUUUAAAGCUUCGCUCAAAUCCAUAGUCCCCACCAUCAUUCCUGCCUCAGACACAAGUUGGCAGAUUCAAAAAACAAGUGUCGACUCUAAUGAGCAUGGAAAUACUAAAGAAGAAAUUACAGAAAAUAUCACGAACAAUCACACUGAUGGGAAAGAACCUAAAUUGGAUAUCGGGCUUAAAGCAAAUGAAACCGAUCCUGCAGCAACGGAAGAAUUCCACCCUCGCUCGGUCGUGUCCUGGGAGCCCCCCAGAAGUGUGCGUCUGGUGCGAGUGCCAGGACAGUCCCUGGGUAUCAGUAUUAUGGGAGGCAGAGGCAUGGGCCGCAGACUGAGCAGUGGAGAGAUGAUGAGGGGGGUGUUCAUCAAGCACAUCAGCCCUGACAGCCCGGCCGCCCUUAACGGCACCCUGCGGAUUGGAGACAGGUUACUGGAGGUUGGUGGUGUGGAUCUGAGAGAGGCCAGUCAUGAACAGGCAGUGGAGGCCAUUCGCAAAGCUGGAGAGCAUGUAGUGUUUCUGGUGCAGUCAGGGGAACAAAGACCCCAGUCUCCAAUGCACAGUAACACAGAGAGACUGACUCCAAGUCCACUGCUCAACUCCCACAGCAGCAAGGUGCCCUCUCCCACACUGCAGAGAGUGGAUCGCAGGACGGUCCCACCAAAGACACAUGCAGCAGCAGAAGAUGAGGACGAUACUGCUAGAAAAAAGAUGCUUCAGCGCUAUGGCAGCUUGUCUGGGAAACUCCAUAUGAUUGAGCUGGAAAAGGCCCCGGACGCUCAGGGGCUGGGGAUCCGGCUCACGGGGAACAAAGAUGGCUCCAGGGCCCGGAUGAGUGUCUAUGUGGAGCACAUAGACCCUAAGGGGCCCGCUGCUUUAGAUGGGAGGAUCAUGGAGGGAGAUGAACUGCUGGAGAUCAAUGGUCAGAUCCUGUAUGGUCGUAGUCACCAGAAUGCCACCACCAUCCUCAACAAUGCUCCUGCCAAAGUCAAGAUCAUCCUCAUAAGGAAUAAAGCGGCUCAAGGUCAAAGUGGACCCUACUCAAGAACAGCAUGUGCGGACAAUGUUAACUGCCAGUCCAACUGUACAGAGUCACCCAAAGGAACCCAGCACAGCACCCUGUCUCAGGAUGGUGGAGACAGAAUUGGAGGAGCAGCAGAUAGACCUGUAUGUUCAGUAGAUAAGGGUUUCAGUCAGAUCUGCAAUCACGGGACCCUCUCUGUCAAAGCAUCCGCGAGCCGUUCCAUCCCACCUCCCACCACGGCAUCAGGCUUGACAUCUCUUGCUCCACAUUCCUCCAUCAAUGUCUCCAACUCAUCUUCCUCCUCAUUACGGAUGCCUAAUAAGACAACAAAAAUGCACUCUGAGAGGUUAAAGUCGUCUCCUGUCCCUGCUGACUUACAACGCUGCCCCAUAGUGCCGGGAAAGGAAACUCCAAUAGAAAUCCACAAAGGAAAUCUUGGCUUAGGUUUGAGCAUUGUUGGAGGAUGUGACACUUUACUGGGGGCGGUAAUAAUCCACGAAGUGAACGACGGAGGUGCAGCACAAAGGGACGGGAGGCUGCAGGCUGGAGAUCAAAUACUAGAGGUGAACGGCAUUGACCUGCGGAAGGCCACACACGACGAGGCCAUCGGAGUCCUGCGCCUCACCACGCAGAGAGUGUCUCUGUGUGUGUUCAGACACCAGGAGGCCUACAGGGAGGAGGACCUGUGGGACGUCUUUAGUCUGGAGCUGAGGCCGCGGCCCGGAGAGGGCCUUGGCUUUACCAUCGUGGGGAAAAGUAAUGAUACGGGAAUCUUUGUGUCAGAUAUCAUUAGAGGAGGAAUAGCAGAUUCAGAUGGCAGGUUGUUGCUAGGUGACCAGAUCCUGUCAAUCAAUGGGGAGGAUGUCCGAGCAGCCUCCCAGGAUCAUGCCGAGAUGCUUCUACAGAAAGGCACCGUCAUAGUUCACUUGGAAGUGGCUCGCUUUAAGGCUGGCCUGCAAUACUCACAGCGAAGCCAGGACUACUUUAAGUUAUGUUUUAUCCAGAGCGAAGACUCUGAUUGUUCCACCCUGACACCGACCAGUGGAUGUGAUGCCUCACUUGGCCACCAGGUAGCAGCAGAGAACAGAAUAGGGAGCUGCAACAUACGGAAAAUCACCAUAAAAAAGGGACCGCAUGACUCUCUGGGCAUCAGUGUAGCAGGAGGAAGUCCCCAUGACGAUGUGCCUCUUUUCAUCGCUACAAUGGAGACAGAUGGUUUAGCCGCAAAAACACAACUACAGGCUGGUGAUCGAAUUGUCAGUAUAAAUGAUGUGUCCACAAAGGGAAUGAGUCACGUUCAUGCUGGAGCCCUGCUGAAAACCACCAGUGGACGUGUCAGUCUGGAGGUGACAUCAAUGGAGAGUGAAUGUACUUCAUGGGAGCCCAGUGAAAGCUCUUCAGAUGCUUUAAAACACAACAGCAGCUCUUCAUGUCGUCAUAACAACCUUUGCUCUCGCAAGUACAAGACUAUCAGUCUGGAGAGGGGCUCUUCGGGUCUGGGCUUCAGCAUUGUGGGAGGGUUUGGAAGCCCCCAAGGAGACUUGCCUAUCUACGUAAAGACAGUCUUCAAUAAGGGUGCUGCGAUAGAAGAUGGCCAGCUCAAACGUGGAGAUCAAAUCAUUGCUGUGAAUGGACAUUGUCUUGAAGGAGUGACUCAUUCUGAAGCUGUAGAAAUCCUUAAGAAAACCAAGGGAACAGUGGUCCUGACCGUACUGUCUUAA